AUGCCCAGAUCCUUCUUGGUGAAAAAGCACUGGAGCAACCGAAUCCCCAAUUAUGGCCAAUUGGAAUCUCAGAAAGAGAUAAAUGGGUCCUGCUACACCUGUGAGGGACUGGUCUUCCCACUGCUCCUCCAGGACAAAGCAGCCCCUUCAGCGUCCAAUGAUGCUCCCAGCCUGUGGGACCACAAGUCUGUCAUUGCAUGUAUCUCGCUGCCUCUCCCCUUAAAGGGGGAGGCUCGGGGAAUGCCCAGUCCCGGGCCUCUGGAAAUCAGUGUGGUGGACUCCCUAGAUGGCCGAGCUCCUGGCACCCCCCUCAAGGAUAGCCUGAACCAUCUCAACCUUUCCCCAUUGCUGAACACGCCUAAGCAGUGGCCUCUCGAUCCUGGGCCAGAGGUAGACAAGGCUCCAGAUAAACUUCUUGGGGGUGGAGGCCCACAAGGUGGGAGCCCUCCACUGGGCUCUGUGGGCUGCUUUGAAUGCUUUGACUGCCAUAAGACCUACCACACAUUCUCUGGGCUCUCCAAACACCGGCAGCUGCACUGUGAUCUGCAGGCCUGCCGUUUCUUCAGCUGCAAGUAUUGUGACAAGGAAUACGCAAGCCUGGGGGCCCUCAAAAUGCACAUCCGCACACAUACCCUGCCUUGUAUCUGCAAGAUCUGUGGCAAGGCCUUCUCUAGGCCCUGGCUCCUUCAAGGUCACAUCAGGACUCACACAGGUGAGAAGCCAUAUGCCUGUUCUCACUGUAGCCGGGCCUUUGCUGACCGCUCUAACCUGCGAGCUCACCUGCAGACCCACUCUGACAUCAAGAAAUACCAGUGUAAGAGUUGCACCAAAACCUUCUCCCGCAUGUCCUUGUUAACCCGACACAAGGAAGCAGGCAGCUGCCCAGCCUCCUGAUGGCCAAAAGUGGCCAGGGAAGUUAGGGGAGGAGGGGACCUGAAUUGGAAUACCCAGAGCUGGAGGUCACUCUUGGAAGUCUCUCUGGAAUCAGGUGAGGAACAUCUGCACCACCAGGAGAACUGCAUCUUGGGUUAUGGCAAGAACCUGGGUCGCCCCUCUUUCCUUUUCCAUUUGGAGCUAAUCCAUCCAAGCAAUGUGCUUGGAUCAGUGUGGCUCUCCAGUUGCUUUGGGUCUCUCAUCUGUGCCUUCAUUUUGUCCCAUUUUGAGGCUUUGCUCCUGGCUCGGGGAAGAGUGUGAAAGGUGAGAAGAAGCCAUUUCCUCGGUUUACAGAUUAACGCCUUCCAUUUUAUUCUUCAAGAAUUGGGGCCUGGUAGGAUUUAGGGAGAAGGGAAGAAAUCCCAGCUGAUGAGCCAAAGAUCGCUAGGAUAUACUUCUCUACCCUGAUGGAAUUGGCACCCUUUCCAAUCAGUGACUGGCCAGCGCUCUGACUUAGGCACAUCCAGUUUUGCAUACCAGACCGAAGUUUUACCCAGGGCUAGUGGCAUGCUCUAGUGUCUAGGAAACUGAUUUAAGCAUCAGUGAACCUGAGCUCUGGGCUUGUUUCAGACAAUGUGGGGCUCAGGGCAAGCUGUUACAUAUGCCUUUGCCAUGUUUUCUCUCUCAUAAAAAUGGGGGAAAAAAUGUGUCUACACCAGACAAUGACAGUAAUGGUUGGUGGAGGUAAGUGGUGGGGGAGGCUCCCCCUGCCUGACUGGCACCUUUACAGAGCCAGCCUAAGCUGUUGUUGGGGCUAUUGCCUUCUGUAGGGAAAUACACCUGUGGAAUAUUAAAGGAGGAGUCCCAAAGCUGCUGUCUGUCCUGUUCUUUGAACUUAGAUUUUCUGGGUGGUUCCCUGGCUCUAAAGUCAUCCAAACAAACAUGUGUCAAGCACUUGUAUCAAGGUGCCAGGCAUGAUGGAGAAGUGCUGGGGAUAUUUCAGAGGUGGGUAAAAAGGGACACUGCCCACUUUGGAACUAUGCCCGAAGGGCUAUAAAAUUAAGCAUACCUUUUG